AACGGAAGUACCAAAUAACCACUGAAAUAAAUAUUUUUUAUAAGUUGAAUUAAUGGAACAUGUAAAGAAGAAGCAUCACCAAACACUAGUUUUCAUCUUGUUCUUGAUUAUCCUAUCGUCUUUAACAAGUAAGUCAGGAUCAUCAUCACCGGAGUCAUCACAAAAUAGAAAGCAUCACUUUGUUCUAGUGCAUGGAGCGUGCCACGGAGCAUGAUCAUGGUACAAGGUUAUUACACUUCUCAAAUCAUGGGGUCACAAUGUGACUGCCUUAGACUUGGCAGCUUCAGGGAUCAACCAAAAGCAGGUUUUGGAGCUUAGAUCAAUUUCUGAGUACUUUGAGCCUCUGACUGAGUUCAUGACUUCAUCAGUGGGUGAAGAUAAAAGAGUGGUUCUUGUUGGUCAUAGCCUUGGUGGCUUGGCCAUAUCCCAUGCCAUGGAACAUUUUCCUCACAAGAUUUCUGUGGCAGUCUUUGUCACUGCUUUCAUGCCUGGUCCAACAACCAACAUAUCCGCCAUGUAUCAAAUGGCAUUUAGCAACUCAGGAUCAUUGUUGGAUAAUCACUACACUUACGAUGAAGGGCACAAUAAACCAGCCACAACAUUUGCAUUUGGACCACACUACCUUGCAUCAAGAUUGUAUCAGCUCAGUUCAAAACAGGAUUGGAAUCUGGCAACAACGUUGGUGAGACCAUUGAAACUAUUCAGCAACAAAGAUAUAACAAAAGUGUUAACCCUAUCACACACAAAAUAUAGUUCUGUAAGUCGUAUCUUUGUUGUGUCCGAAAAAGAUCUUGUAGUGAGUCCAAAUCUUCAACGAUGGAUGAUUGAGCACAAUCCCCCUAAUCGUGUGGUUGAGAUUGCUGGAUCAGAUCACAUGAUCAUGAUGUCCAAGCCCAUAGACCUUUGCCUUCAACUACAAUCUAUUGCUGCUAAUUAUGACUGAUUAUAUAAUUAUAUUUUAAACAAAUAAAUAAUACAUCAGUCUUCACUAAACCUUACAUGAGUCAUGUAUCAAAUAAAUAAAAAUCUCAU